AUGACCAGGGCUGUGACAUCUGUCAAUAAGGAGUGGAUCAUUGAGGGUUUGACCUGGGACGAGAAGGAAUGUGGUUCAGAGAAACUGUCGGUUAAACGUGAAAACCUGUGGAUUCCAGACAUUUUCAUCUUAGAGUUCAUGGAUGAGGACCAGUCCCCCGUCACUCCCUAUGUCUAUAUAGACAGCAAGGGUCAUGUAAUGGAUGAGAAACCACUCAGAGUGGUGAGCUCCUGCAAAUUAGGAAUUCUCAGGUUCCCUUUCGACGUCCAAAACUGUAGUUUAUCCUUUGGAUCCUUUAUCCACUAUGAUUCGGCAAUUCGCAUGGUUCUGGGCAUGUCUGCAGAACGGAUUCUGAGUCAGAGCAGAGAAGUUUUACAGACUGAAGGGGAAUGGGAACUCCUAAACAUCACAGCAGCUGAGAGUUUGUUAUCUUUGGAUGGUGGAGGUUACCACGAUAUAGUAUUCAAUAUUUUGCUCAAGCGUAGACCAGUCCUCUAUGUGGUCAACCUGAUGAUCCCCAGCUGCUUCCUGAACACAGUGGACCUCUUCAGCUUCCUGCUACCCCCACAGAGUGUGGACCGCUCGGCCUUUAAGAUGACCCUCAUCUUAGGCUACACCGUCUUCUUGUUGAUUAUGAAUGACUUGCUGCCGGUCACCGGGAACACCACACCCGCCAUCAAUGUUUUCUUCUCCAUCAGUCUAGGUAUGAUGGUGGGGAGCCUUUUAGAGACCAUAUUCAUCACCCAUAUCCAGAACUCAAGUAACCCUCAUGUACCUCGCUGGGUCCGCAUCCUUGUGCUCCAGUACCUAGCCCCAAUCGUCUGCCUGACCAACAGACAACAAAUCAACCGGGUCACAGUCGACCUCAACCCACACCGUAAGCACAGAUUGAUGUCAAUGCACAUGAUCAUGUCCGUCCCUGCUCCUUUCGGUAUCCACCACCUGGAGAUAAAGCCUCGGCCCAUCACAGUGGAUCACCAGCCAGAGAAAUCAGCCCAUGAUCCUGUGAUAGAGGAACUGAGGAAGCUGAGCCAAGACCUUCGCUCCAUCAGCCGUCUGUGUCUUGUGGACAUCUUAAAGUUUAAAGUCUAA